CAUUUGUAAAAAAUGUAAUUAUUGAAAUUAUUACUUCAAAUCAAUAAAAUACCACACAUGAUAGCCUACUGUUGGGCGGUUAUGGGGAUUACUACGGUACGUGAGCGGCGACGGAGUGAAUAACAAACGGUGCUCUGAUUGGUUGAUUAGAUGUAAACAGGCGGGAGUUGUGAACAUAGCAUUUUCCGCCAAAUUUUUACCGGUGUGGAGUCCUCUGUUUAGGUGGCGUACGGGAACCCCAGUUAGCAAGCAUGAUUGGAAUUCAGCAGCUGAAUUUGGAAAACCGGGAGCGAUGCCGCGUUGUUCUAGACGGGCCUCAAACAAAAGACUCCAUCACUGUGGCAGUGGAAGGAAACAUCGGGAGUGGCAAAUCUACCUUCUUGCAGUACUUUAAAAAGUUUCCUGAAGUCGAGGUGAUACCUGAACCAGUCAAUAAGUGGAAGGAUGUUGAUGGCUUUAACACACUGGAUCUGAUGUACAAGGAUGCUUCACGGUGGAGUCUGGCUUUCCAGUCAUAUGUACAGCUCACCAUGGCAGAGGGACAUAAAAAGAACAAGGAAAAGAGUGUGAAGAUGAUGGAAAGGUCGCUGUUCAGUGCCAGAAACUGCUUUGUAGAAAAUCUCUACAAAGGUGGUCUGAUGCCUGAGGUCGACUACGCCAUUCUGUCCGAGUUCUAUGGAUGGAUUACAGAAAAUGAGGACACAAACGUUGACUUGAUUGUUUAUCUGCGAGCAAACCCAGAAGUGUGUCAAAACAGGAUCCGAAUGAGGAAUCGACAAGAAGAGCAGGGAGUCCCAAUUGAGUAUUUAAAGUCACUUCAUGCACUACACGAAGACUGGCUGAUAGACCAGAAUAAAUUCAAGCUUCCAGCUCCUCUCCUAGUAAGUACCAACUGACCAGUGUACCUUAGUUCUCCUAGUAAGUACCAACUGACCAGUGUACCUUAGUUCUCCUAGUAAGUACCAACUGACCAGUGUACCUAGUUCUCCUAGUAAGUACCAACUGACCAGUGUACCUAGUUCUCCUAGUAAGUACAAAAUGACCACUGUACCUAGUUCUAGUAAUUAAGUACGAACUGACCAGU